AACUGCUUCUAACAACAGAAGCAGCGUAAGCUUGGACAGUUCAUCAUGGCUAAAGAAGUUUGGAAGUGCCGAGUUCUUCUAUUUAUUUAGAAAGAAAACUAUUUUUAGAUGAAUUACUUUCUAACAUCAAAAGCAGCGUAAAGCUUGGGCAGUUCAUCAUGGCUAAAGACUGCGUCGAGGCGCUGAUGUGGAUGUUAGCUGUGUCUUCGCUGACGUUCGAGAGCAGCAGCUUCAUGCAAAAGAACAGGAAGACGGCGCUGCUACAAGGGGACAUCCUCAUCGGGGCUCUCGUGUCUGUGCACCAUCAGCCCAAAAAGCAGUUCGUGAAGACGCUUACUUGCGGAGAGAUCCGGGAACAGUAUGGCAUCCAGCGCGUCGAGGCAGCGUUCAUGGCGGUUGACGAGAUCAACCGCAACCCCGACCUGCUGCCCAACAUCACCCUGGGCAUCGAGAUCAGGGACUCCUGCUGGUACUCCUCCAUCGCCCUCGAGCAGAGUUUGGAAUUCAUCCGCGAUGCCUUAUCAGACUCGGACAGCUGCGGAGGCAGCGGCGGGCACGACGACUCCAGGGGCUUCAUCCGCCCAAACCGCACGAAGAACAUCGUCGGGGUCGUUGGCCCGGGUUCUUCUGCCGUUACGAUACAGGUUCAAAAUUUACUGCAGUUAUUCAAUAUCCCGCAAGUUGGCUACUCGGCGACUUCUUUGGAUUUGAGCGAUAAAAGUCGAUUUUCCGAUUUCCUGCGAGUGGUUCCAUCGGAUUACUACCAAGCCCAGGUCAUGGUUGACAUCGUUCACUAUUACAACUGGACCUACGUCUCGACGGUCUACACUGAUGGCAAUUACGGCCAGAGCGGCAUGACGGCGUUCAAAGAACUUGCCGAAGAAUCGAACAUUUGCAUCGCUGAAGAAGAAGAGGUGUUGUCCAAUGCCGAAGAUCAUGCCUUCGAUGACGUGAUUAAAAACCUAAUGGAAGCGGAGCAAGCUAACGUCGUGAUCUGCUUCUGCGAGGGUAUGACCGUGAGAAAUCUCUACCGGGCGGCUCAACGGAAUAAUGUGACGUCGAGAUUCCUCUUCAUUGGAAGUGAUGGCUGGGCGGACCGGACUGACGUUGUCGAUGGGCUUGAGGAAAUUUUUAUUGGCGGAAUUUCAGUCAAGAUUAAAAGUCCUUAUGUAAAGGACUUUGAUAAAUACUAUUUUGCCUUGAGACCCAUGCAAAACUUGAGGAAUCCUUGGUUCGAAGAAUUCUGGCAGCACAAAUUCAACUGCUCGCUUCCAGUCAAGGAGACAUUAGCGGGCCUGCCGCCUUGCACUGGCGACGAGAGUUUGUCCGAGCGCUACUACCAAGAUACGAAGAUGUCGUUCGUGAUGAAGGCCGUCUACACCAUGGCUCACGGUCUUCACAAUCUGCAGCGUGCGGUAUGCGGUCCCGUGAAGGGCAUCUGCCCCGGAAUGCUGCCCAUCAACGGAUCACAAUUUAGGAAUCACUUGAUGAACGUAACGUUCGACUUCCUUAACGAGACGGUGUCGUUUGAUUCAAGUGGGGACCCCCCUGGCAGGUACGAAAUAAUGAACUUUCAACGUUUAACUAACGGAUCGUACGGAUACCUAAGGAUCGGUACUUGGGAUAACGGCACUCUGGAAAUGCAGCAAGGAACCGUCAAGUUCAACAGCCUCAAUGGCCUGCCACCCACAUCUGUGUGUUCCAGUCCUUGUGCCGCGGGUAAAGCCAAACAAUCUUUUCCAGAAACUAGAGGUCAGGUCCAGACAUGCUGUUGGAUGUGCCAUGAAUGCGAAGACUUCGAGUAUCUCUUCAAUGAAACCACGUGCUCCGAGUGCCAGCCAUACUACUGGCCAAAUGCUAACAAAACCGGCUGCGACGAGAUUGAAGUUGAGCAUCCAUCUUGGGAUGACGACCAGGUCAUUGCUGGCUUGGUUUUGGCUGCACUGGGAUUCUUGGCUACCGUUUUCACGAUGGCUGUCUUCAUUUGCUACAACCACACUCCAGUCGUCAAGGCUUCGACGCGCGAGCUGUCGUACAUAAUUUUCGUGGGCAUGAUGAUGUCGUACUCCUCGUCCCUCGCAUUCCUGGCCAAGCCCUCGACUACGUCUUGCAUCGUGGCUCGCCUCCUGCCCGGCCUCUCGUUCUCCAUGAUCUACGCGGCGCUAGUGACAAAAACCAACAGAAUUGCUCGCAUUCUUGCCGGCAACAAGAAAAUUAUGAUCAGAAAACUGAGAUUUAUGUCUGCCCUCGCUCAGGUGGUCAUAACACUCAUCUUAAUCUCCGUCGAAGUCGUCAUCAUUGUCACUAUGUUCAUUUUGGAGCCUCCGGAGACCGUGCGUCGACAAGUGCGCGAUCGUGUGAUGCUGGAGUGCAACACAUCCACUCUAAGCAUCACGGCUCCUCUGGCCUGGGACUUCAUUCUUGUGAUGAUGUGCACACUAUACGCCGUCAAGACCCGAAACUUGCCUGAGAAUUUCAAUGAAGCAAAGUUCAUUGGUUUCUCCAUGUACACGACCUGUGUGAUAUGGCUAGCGUGGGUUUCGAUCUACUUCGGCAGCAACCACAAGAUUAUCUGCAUGAGCGUCUGUACGUCGCUCAGUGCACUCGUUACUCUUGUUCUACUCUUCUUCCCUAAGAUCUACAUCAUAGUAUUUAGGCCGCAGCGCAACGAUCGAUCACACUUCAAAACAACUACAAAUGUUCGUUGCCACUUUGGUUCAGGAAAAUCUAUGGAGGAAAUGGACAGCAAUGUGCUGAUGAGACCCCCGGGAAGUUUCAUGGGAGUAGCAGCAAUCUUGAACGCAGGACACUCUCUGCGGCAGCCAAUCAUGACGCGCCUUAAGAGCGCGCUGCAUGUCCCGGCCUCAGGUCCCAACGCUGGGCGGCUGCAUCCCGACUUCGUCCCUUCGACGAAAGCGGCGCUCAAGCGAGAGCUCAGUCUUUGGAGCGAUGCAAGCGUCAGCGGCGGUUCGUCCUCAAUCAAGGCUCGGGAAGUGAUGCUGCAGAGAGCUUACGGGUCACAAAUCGAUCUAACUGGCGAGAGUUUAUCGCCGUGGUCGUGCACCCACGUCAGCGUGCAGACCACGGACGACCUGCUGGACCCGCUCAUACCAAGGCUUCGUCGACGAGUCGCAAGAGCAGUGAGGGAAAAUAACUUGGACGUCGCUGCAGGCAGGGAGUUUUUCUCGCUCACGCAGAGCUGGGUUAAUUCACAGAUGGAGGCCGCCAAGGCAGAAAUAAAGCUUCGUGAAGAAAAAAGUUCACUGCAGCCAGGAGCCGCCAUGAAAACCGAGAUCGUCAGAGAGUAUCUCAACGUGAACAACCUAGAAUUUGGUGAGGUCGACACGAAAAAGUCUGCGUGCGUGCAAGCAGGACUCGUUUGUAACUACUGUAAAGCUCCCACAAAUACAGCAAAUGCACUUGAUCUGACAGGGAGUAAUAAGAACAAGAUAACCGAUGCCAAUGAAGAAAAUUAUAUACAAUGUACGUACGAAAUUCCGAAUAAUGAUAUUUCUACGUUAAACAUGAAAACACACCAAAUGUCUGAGCCGUUUAAUACUUCACAAAGAGCGAAUAUUAAUGGGAAUGAUAUGAAUAAAACAAUUUUUAGCAAUCACAUUGAAACAGGUAUACAUAAUGUUAGUAAACUGGAGCCUUUGCAAACAUUAACUGAAAACAUAGCAUGUGACAGAAAAAUUUUUUUGCCGGUACAUGCCUAUCCUCAAACAAGAAAUAGUCCAUUUUCUCCUAGAAUCAAAUUAAGCGGAUGUGAACUUUCUGAGCUUUCAAAAGAAGAUCCCACUCCUCUUCGAGACAGAUUGUUUCAGUCUUCUACAUUGAGUCGCACUUCAUCUCUGACGUCAACACACCCGCUCGGAGUCGCCAGCGGUCGUCAAGACAUGAUUUCCAAAGCAUCAUCAGAUGAUUCAGAGCACUUGGGUUUUAACAAUAGUUACUUUGCCAGGAAAGAGGAAAAAUUCAACAAUUUUUCUUUUCGGGAUGAGUAUGACAAAAAAUUUCACAGCGUAUCGUCGGAUCAGUGCAAGGUUUGUGCUAAUAGGAAAUCACGUUUACCAUAUUUUCAAUAUGAACUAGAAAAUAUCAUAGUUUCUAUCGAUCAUCGAUCCGAAAGGCAAGUAAGGAACGAAUCGACUUCUACUAACCUUAGCAGUCUAGCAGGCGAAUCUCAUGAAAUAGAACAGUCAGAUACCCACGUUUGGGAAACGGAUUUUGGCGAAAACUGCGACUCUAAGCGUACCGAAUCAACCCUCUCUAUUAAAGACGAAAUCGAUCCUAUUCCAAGGCCCGAACGGACUCAAUUGAUGCAUUCAAGACGUCGAUCACGGAAAAAAUCGACAAUAAAAUCUAAACCUUACCCCCAUCCCAACGAAUCGGGUAACUUAACCAAAGUAGGAAAGGCGAAACACAGCUCGAGCACAUCGGUUGAAAUAUCAGCAGACAGUAGCGAUGAUCUUAGUACGGAGACGUUCAACAGCAAGUCUCAUGAAGGCUAUGAAUUGUUCAUAGAAGAGGAUAUAUAAAACGUUUGGUUAGCGUACUAAGAAGCAACUUGAAUGUAAAAUGAUCCACUGUUCCUUUGUUGUAGUUCUCGUCGUUGCAGUAGCAUCAGGCAACGACAAUUUAUUCCAUGCAGGGAGCUGCGCAACGGACGUUCGCUGCUAGCCCAC